AGAUUAUUUCUUUUAGAGCAUAGAUCAUGUUCGUGUCUGGCCUGUUGUUGCUCUCGUGCACACUAUUUUUUUCUGAUGCAUCCUUUGUGGACAGUUUAACAAAAUGCAGCAUCAAAGACAACCAAUGUGUAAUAAAUAUGUUUCAAAAAAUGCUUCAUGAUAUUGGAGAGGCUGGAAUUCCAGAAUUUGAUUUAGUUCCUAUCGAUCCUAUGAAAAUAACAAACGUUUCGGUUAACGUUCUGGAUGCAGUCACUCUAACCAUACAGGAUGGUGUUAUCAAGGGUUUCAAAACAUGUGAGGUGAAAAAAUACAGCUUCGAUCCAGAUAAACAAUUAGAAAAACAACAAAUCUUUUGUAAUGCGCUGACUGUAAAAGGGCAGUUUGUGUUUGGAGGUUCAAGUCCAAUGUUACAGAGCUUAUUAGGGGGUAGCUCUGUAAAUGGAAAUGGAAAAGCAAAGAUUAAACUUGAACAUGUAACAAUGAAUCUUGAGUUGCCAUUUACCAUUAUCAAAAAGGAAGACGGUGAUACUUAUAUUCGGUUAAUUGAUAAACCGAAGUACGACUACGACUUACAGAAAGCCGUAUUUGAUAUAAAACAUCUUAUUAUUGGUGAUAAUGAUCUUAGUCAAGCAGCAAACACUUACUUGAAUAGCAACUGGAAAACUUUAAUAAAAUCUUUUGGAAAAACCUUCGUCGACAAAGGCCUUGAAUAUUUCUUCGUGUUCGCGCACAAAUUCUACGAUAACGUACCCACCAAACUGUAUAUUGAAGAAGAUUUGACGCCCUACGUUUUAAGCUGAGCAAAUAGUUUAGAUAUUCACUUAAUACAAUAGAAAAAGUG